AUGGACGAUAACCCCGACGAUAGAGAGUUCAGCAACAGUAUCUGCUAUGGCUUCUUCGAGCAGGCUGAAGAGACUUUUGAACGAAUAGGGCUUGUCAAAGUGCAGAAAGGCUGCGAAAAAAUUCAGCACUACGGAAUGAACGAAGAUUUAGACGGCUCAACAGAACCUGAUUCUGAGCUAUGCUUGAGACGGAUUGUGGAGGCGCUCGAGGACGUCAAAGCGGACUAUUCUUAUGCUGAGAGGAAGAUUAAGGCAUUCUAUUCGGACCCAGAAGUUGAGUAG